AUGUGUAAGGAUGGUCAUGAAUGCUGGAAUUUCGUUAGCAAUCGAUGGUUAGACAAACCGAAUGAACAGGAGAAACAAAAGCAGUAUUGUGAAGAUCUAGGGCAAUCAUUCGUUGAACAUCAUCUAACUGUGAAACAGCUUGAAGAAGUUUACGUUGAUUCUUGUAUCAAUGCCCACAAUCCAGAACAUAGUGAUGGACUAAGUGAAGCAGAAGCAAAGAAACGUUUACUUGAUGGUGGUACAAAUAUCAUUGAGCCUCCGCGGAAAAUGAACAAUUUUAAAUUGUUUUUGAGACAGUUUUUGUAUCGACUUUGGUUAUUACUUCUUGGUGCUGCCGCACUCAGUUUAACAACUUAUGUUAUCCAUUUAAUGCACGGUAAUAACGAACCAGUCAAUUUGUACUGCACGAUCAUUCUAGUGGAAAGUAAUUUGAAAAUGGUCCCUCCAAUGUCCUGUACUGUAAUUCGCGAUUCUGAACAAAAGCAGAUUCCGGAAGCUGAACUUGUUACUGGUGAUUUGGUAGUGAUCACAGCUGGUGCUAUUGUACCAGCUGAUCUGCGCAUCUUGCAGUCAAAUGGGUUGAAAAUUGAGACCUCAGCUAUUACAGGUUGUUUUGCUAAAUACUACUGUACUGUAAAAUUUAUUCAUACUAUACAAAAAUUUCACAAUUUACUUGCUUUCAUCUUAGGUGAAAAAGAACCAUAUGAUUACACUCAUGAAGCAGCAGCAACGUAUGUACCAGUAUUUGAAGCACGCAAUAUUGCAUUUAAAGGAUCGUUUUGUCUUGAAGGUUACGGGAUAGGAAUAGUAGUACGGACUGGAAGAUAUACGGUAAUUUAGUA